CCGUUGCUGUCAUGGACAUUUAAAAGGCCGGGAGAACGAGGCAGCCGUCUAGGCGGGGGCUGGGAGAAUUGGACGAGGUCAGGCAGGUACCGGCGGGGAGAUGUUAAUGUGGUCCGUCGCUCCCCUGGGGAUAGCCGGCCUUCGAAAGCAUCUCCGAGCUUUUCGGGUCCAAGUUUCUAUUCCUGCUUCUGUCUGGGCACACUGCUCUGGUACCUGGGCUAUCCCUCAGACCACCGCAACCUUUGGCUAAACUCUGCCCCGGCCCCGCAGUGCCCAGAUCACAGCAGGUGAGGGAGGGAAAUGAAAAAAGGAAAAAAAGAGAAUGCGGUCGCUUGGAAGCACAAUAAAAAGAAGGUGGAACACGAGGUGAAGGAGGAGAAGCAAGAGGAGGAAGAGGAGCAAGACGACGAGAAGGGCAGGGAUGGCCGGGAGGAUGUGGUGGAGGUCAAAGUGCCACCGAGGGAGCGUAGGAUAUCCAAAAGACUAAUCUAUUCAUCUGUGGCUGGAGUUGGCUUCAUCAUAGUCAUAGCGCUAGCCAUCUUCAUUAGUAAGGAAGUUCGAAGAAAAUCAGAGGAAUUGAUCCAAGAACAACCACUCUGCUCAGAUAACUCACUUAUGUGUCCUGAAGACUGGAUCAAAGCUUUUAACAAAUGCUAUUACAUAUCAGUGGAUCACAAAUCCUGGCAUGAAAGCCAGCAAGCAUGUGCAAAUCUUGGUGCAAAUCUGGCUAGAUUCAAAACCCACCAGGAAAUGGAUUUCCUGAUGAAACGCGUUGGUUCAGCUUCUGACUGCUGGUUUGGACUAAUUAAUGAAGAGGGAAACUCAUCCUGGAAAUGGACAGAUGGAACUUCACCUCCUGAAUGGUUACAGAUUCAAGGAGCUGGUUGUGCUCGUUUAUCCGAUGAUGGCAUUUCUAGUGACAGUUGUAUGUCUUCUAGAAAUUAUAUAUGCAGCAAAGAAGACAGAUGUAGCUAAAGAAAGAGUGGCAGUCACAUCCAAGGAGUAUGGCAUUUAAGGAAAAUGUGGGUUUUUCUUGCUGCACACAGAGGUAUAUACAAUGGACACUUCCCUUCCUCUCAAAGACUUUAUGAUAAAAAUAUAUGUGAGAAUUUGGGGUUUCCUUUGUUUCAUGUUAUUUUUUUAUACAGUACCAUGUGUGGUGAGGGGCAAGGGCAAGGGAGUAGAACUGUGAUUCCUGCUCUCUCUUGUGAUUUGUAUUAUGAUGGAGAGACUAUAGAAUGGGCAUGGGGGGGGGGAGAAAGAAGGUUAUGAAUGGUUAUGGGAGUACACAAACUGUCCAAGAAGUUUAAGUCAAGUAUCAUUUUGGACAGAUUAUGAAACACUUCAUCCUUUCUUCUGAACCUCAUGAGAACAAGGCCAUUCAUAAACAUAAUGAGGUGACAUCUAUAACCAGGACAAGGGGUGGCGAUUAGAACAACUGUAUCCAAACUAUUUUUAUUACAUCCCAAACUGAAGGAUAGUCCAGAUGUGACUAGUUAAUACUAUCUGGCAACAUUUUGUGAAGAGUCUUAAGUACUCUAAGGAGAAGGUGAAAAGAUCAGCUUCCUCUGGUCAAAGUUUAAACAGUCUUUGAAGUGAGAGCUUUUCAGAUGUAUUCUAAUUUUACCCCAAUUUGAAGAAUGAACUUCCUCAACAUUAUUGUCCUAACGGUGUCUUAACUCCCUAAAGUAAUUGUGUUUCAUUUUGCUGCUUUUGUUUCCAUAGUCUUUAGUUUAAAAUAAUGAUAAUAAUAAUAAAUGC